AUGAAGACGAAGAGCGGGGCCGUCAGCCAAGCGAGACUCGAGGGCAUCCCGGAUGUAAUCAAGAUGCCGAGUCGUACGCCGCCUACGGGCCUAAUCCACGAUGGGAGGUCGUGGAUGACGGAGGAGAUCCUUCGAGACCUCAUAGCGGAGGCUGAGUUCCCUGACUCCGUGGAGUUUCGUAUCCCUGGCCAUCUCGAAAGGCCCUACGAUGCUCCGGCUGGGUGGAUGUGCGUUUACGAGUGCAUGUUCACCGAGUUUGGGAUGAACUUCCCUCUGUCUCCUCUAUUUUUGCAAUUUGCGGCUGAUCGUGGCGUCCUACGAGUCAACUGA